AUGGACGUGUUCGGAUCACUAGAAAUGUCUCGAAAUGUCUCUACGCUUAGUUCGUCACGCGUAGUCUCAGCCCUACCAUCUCCAGAUAAAGGAAUGAGCCCAAGACUUAGUCCUACGCUGGAGGAAUCCGGUCUUUCGCCAAAAUUAAAGCCCCAAGACCAAAGGCGUUCAGUGUCCGAGCCAGUCAGUCCCAGGGCAUCUUUCAGUACCGUCAGAUCUUCGAUGAGCCAUUAUCGAGAUGGGACGAUAACCUGCUUUCCAAGGCUUCUCUCCAGAACGAGUACGAGCGACUGGCUAACCCCACUGGGCCUAUUAAGUGACCCUCACACGUCCCAACAAAAAGGAACGGCGUCAGAUCUUUAUGCACGUGGCAUUGAUGCACACAGCGGCGUGGAUACUCCCAAGCACUUAGAUAUGUUAGAAGAGUCGCCGAGUGAAACACCAGGACCCAUCAAGAGCUUCCCUUCACAAGUCAUCCCUCUACAGUGGCCCCGGAAAUUAGACGAAGGGCCCCCGGUAUCUAGCAACAGAACAGGUAGCGCAAUCGGUGUUUCUUCGCAUCGCCGAAAAAGUACAAUCAAGCCAAUGGAGGCGCGGAAUUUGGAUUCCGGCCACAGUCUUUUAGACCAAUUGCGCCGGUACAGCUUCAUGCCUUUAUCGGAUCAUACGCCAGAGAGCAUUCGUGAAGCAUUACCUCCAGCUAGAACACCGGCUGAUAUACCACUGCUGGAAGAAGGAGGCAGAAAGCGGUCCUCUCAAGAAUUACUGCAAGAUAUCCUGGACAGAAAACUAGCGUCUGAUAGGACAUCACAGAAGUCAUCGCGAAAAUCGUCACGAAGAAACUCGCGAGCAUAUGCACCAGAGCGGCGCAAGAAGACGGGUUCGAAAGCAACACAGCCAGGGGGGAGGAGCGGGCCAGGCCGUAUGUCCUGCUCGGAAGACCAGACACCGCACAUCUGUCCUACAUAG